AUGGCAUCUACUCAGCUAGGACAUGAGGACGAAGGCGACGCUUUCAAUGAAAUCUACGUGGCGUGCAAUCCUCCCCUACUUCCAGGAGGAGUUGAUCAUGUAAUCCAACAAGCAGCGCAACAGUUUACUAAUUAUGAACUUUUCGAGGUCCUGUACGAUCCAGACGCGGCAUGGUUCAAGUGUACCGUUUCAACUCCAGCCCGCGACACAGUUACCAAGUUUAUUGAGGAGCUUCUUCGGGAUAUCAUCGAAGAAGAGACAUGUCCCCUCGAUCCAGACGAUGACACUGAGCACGAAGAUGAGCACGGUAAUUCCAUCGACGUCGAAAUCAUCGCAGAGACACCGCGCGUCGUGCCCUGGGGAACUUAUCAAUUCGAGCUUGAUUCUAAUCGAAAUGACUACAUCCCACACGAAUACCCUGAAGUUCUAGCCUCCACUACACACAAGAGUAUCUGGAGAGCACCGGAGGUCCUUCGAGGAGCCACGGUCGAUGCCGUCCUGGGCUCUGCUUCCUACCUCGCAGCCGGUUUUGGAGAAACAGUCACUCUCGAAGAGUUUGCACAGCUCGCAAAUUGCGAAAUUUACCCAAAUCUGGCUCAAAAUGUGCUUUAUAUUGGUAGCUGCGAGAGUGAAGAGAAAGUCAGCGAUGCUAUUAAGAGAUUGGAUAACAUUUGGAAGAUAGCAUUUACUCUCUCCAUGGAAGAGAAAAGUCGUCACAUCAUCCCAAUUAUCACUGAGAAUCAUCGAGACUACAAGUUAGCCUACAGAUGGCUCUCACAUAUCGGGCUCUCCAAGCGCACUUACCUUGCGCCUAACCACGCAGGCUCUGCAGAAGACGAAUACGCCGCCUUAGUGAAUGGUACAACGUUGAGAACGGCAACGUUCAAUAGUGACAAGGGCGAGUGGGCAGUUGAUCCAAGAGUGUAUCCGAGAGUUAGAGGAUAUCUUGAGCCAGUUCCGCCUUUAGAAGUCUUCGAAGAGCAGUCCUAUACUUCCAAACAACCCCCAGCGACGGCUCAACCUUCAAACUCAUCGCCAUCGAAGGUCGUCGGCUCCCCCACGUCAAUUGAAUCUCAACGCGGAGGGGACGUGUCGCGUGCGCAGCCCGAGAAGAAGAUUGAUCAGACUUCUAUGCCACAGCCCCCAAUUGUCGAAUCCAAUUCCUUGAACCCCAAGCAAGGAAAGCGAAAGGAGCGUGACGCAUCAUCACCGAGAAAAUCACAGGUUCCCGUCGGCAAAAGAAGUGCCCCUGUGAUGGUUGGCCAAUGGGUCGAGCAGCAACAAAAAACUCACCAUCAAACGGGGUAUGGCAGUCCGCAGGUUGGCAAGGCAGAUGGGUUGCCCCAGGUCCCAACCAAGAGUCUCUACAAAGGUCCAGGGGCAACCCCCGAGAAGAAUAAAAAUGUCCGAGAACUAGCUGCAGGAUCCAAGCAGCUAGCCUCCGACCUCCUAGGGAUCGAGUCCUUGGCGAUUCAGGGUGUUGGUGGCUCCCGGACUGACAAUCUUAUAGAUUCGGACGUUCCCUUUGUGUCCGAGUUGAAUAUUGACUAUCCACUGUUGGACCCCGAAUCCCUCGCUCAGUUCGGGAUGAAAGAAGACGAGGAUCUAAUUGACUUUCACUCGACGAUGCAACAGAAAGCCGGUCGCAAAAAGCCCAAGCAUCCUAGCCAAGGGCAACAAACCAAAUCCCGCCCUGCUAAGGAGAAUGAUCCUGCUUCGGACCUCAAGCCACAAACAGCUGGCGUGAAGACUAGCAAUCCACCAAGCACCGUGGCUAGCAGCGAAGGUGAUUCGAAAUCCAAUGACGCUGGCGGUGCUGCCUCUCAACCUAAGCCUACGCAAGCGAGUUCUUUCAUGGCACUUCUCUCCGGGAGAACCGAGACACUCAAGUUUCGCAAAACGCACUGGGAAAUUCUGGAGCGCGACUUGAAGGAAAUGGGCAAUAUUCUUCAGCUAACACCUGGAAAGGUAGAACUACAACUGAGUCUAGGCCGUAUCUACUUCAAGAAUAUUGGCGAGUCGAUUGUUGAUAUGGGUCGAGGUCCACACUGGAGCAUUGAGAGUCUCUUGGCUUCGUUCGAAGAUGGAAUUCCACAAGGUUCAAUUGGGUUCCAAAAUAUCUUGACAACAUCGCCAUCAGAUGCAGCGAGAAUUGUGCAGUUCGGGCUCACAGAUGGGUCCAAAUGGAAACUGUACGACAGCGAGGCGAAGUACGAGUUCAGUUGCCACCUGUAUGAGGGUGAGGUCAAAGCACCAUUCAGAGUGGAAUUGGAUGUCAAAACAUUGUCCCAUCUCUGUCUUGGUGAGGUUGAGGAGAUAGCGAAAGCUUAUGUCCACUGCCCUCAAUUUGCUUGGGAUAUGAAAGCACGGGCUACCAGAGUCCAUCACGAUCUCCCCGAAAUGUGCAAGUCAUUUGCGAAGUCAAUGGUCGAAUCCGUAACUAUCACUCCCGUGAAGUCUGGAGAUGUUAUCAUCAUAGUUCCAGGGGAGGAAAGCCAAGGCUUUUCCAUUGACCAGGUUUCCAUUCACCACGUUGCCCGAUACCGCUGCGACCAAGCGGAGGGGCCGCAGCUCAACGUAAAAAUGGUACGGCCCUUCACCAAAAAAACCGAUUACACCAGUCAGAAAUCACCGUCCCUCUUCCGCGGAAAAACCUGGUUUGGCACAAACAGGCUGAACAAAGGUCAAAAUUCGGGUCUAGACGAGUGGUACGAGGUUUCCCUUUCGUCUUCCAAGGCCGACGACGUAUUCCGAGGAAACAUGAAUUUGGGGUUCGGUGAAAGCGCCGGAUGGGAGUUGAGCGAGCUGGAUGGUAUCUGGGCAGAUAUUUGCCGUCCUGCUCUGGAUAUGCUAUCGCAGAUGGACGACAUUGGCGCUACCAAUGACAACAGCGUGGGGCCUGAGCUAUCCCUCAGGCCCAGAGUGCAGGAGAUGCAAGCAAAGUUCUGGUAA